AUGUGCUCUCCUGCCAGUCCCAAAAUCCUAUACAGGAACCCCCGGUUCCUCAGGUUAGCUUUUCUGCAGCUUCAUAACCAGCAGCAGAGUGGUGUGUUCUGUGAUGUCCUUCUGCAGGCAGAAGGUGAGGCAGUUCCAGCUCACUGCUGCAUCCUGUCGGCUUGUAGCCCCUUCUUCACAGAGCGCCUGAAGCGGGAGAGACCAGCUCAGGAUCAGAAGGUGGUGCUGGAGCUGGGUGGCCUGAAGAUCAGGACACUUAGGAAGCUGGUGGACUUCCUGUAUACCUCAAAAAUGGAAGUAUCUCAAGAAGAAGCCCAGGAUGUGCUAUCUGCUGCCCGUCAGCUCCGUGUGUCUGAGCUGGAAUCCCUUCAGCUAGAGGGUGGAAAGUUAGUGAAGGCCCCACAGGGCCGAAGACUCAACCGAGAAUGCUUACAACCAACAAGUGCUGCACCCAUCUCAGCCAGAGUGGUGACACCCAGCCACCACCCUCACACCGCACUGCCUGCUACUCAGACUCUUUGUCCUCUUGGGGCAGUAAGAUUGAAGUCUUUGGGGAAGGAAGAGGAGCCCCAGGAGAACAACCGACAGAAUUCAGACAAUUUGUCUGACACUCUUCUGCUCAAGAGGAAGGCCAGAGCCUGCCCAACUCUGCAAGAAGAAAGCUCUUCAUCAUCAAGCCACAGUCAAGGGCCUAGAGAAUGCAAAAAUGUCACUGCCCUUAAUCCUACAGUGCUCUCCCCAUCCAGCUUGUACCCCUCUGUGGACAAACACCUGUUGCCCAGAAAGAUCAGGCUAAGUCGCUCAAAGCCAUCGCCUGAUAUCUGUACAUCAAAGCCUUCCAGCAUUUUAAGUGGAUCUAGCUCAGUGCCUGCAACCCCUGGCCGGCGUCUUUGGCGGCAGAGAAGUAUAAGUAAAGAAGCACCAGAGAACAAGCCAAAACCAGGGAGAGCUAGUCCUCUAAAGAGCAUCCCAAGUCCAUCCGGUCUUGGAAAGACAGGUGGGAGCAAGAAGCAUAGCCCUGAUGUCAGGGCACCUAAUGCAGAGUCUGCAGAGGAAGGGCAGGUUGGGAGAGUUAAACUUAGGAAGAUUGUCAAUGGAACUUGCUGGGAAGUGGUGCAAGAGCCUCCCCUCAAAAACUCUCAAAAUAGUCCCCAGAUCCCAGAUCCCGGAGGAGACUUCCAAGAGCCUUCAGGAACUCAGCCAUCCUCUGGUAAUGAGCAGGAAAUGUCAUCUACUAGAACAGAACUGUGUCAGGACUCCCCCAUAUGCUCUAGGAUACAAGACAUUCUGGUCUCUGCUAGUGAGUCCCCAGAUCACCCAGUGGUGAAGUCAGAGUUUGGAUCCAGUCCAGAACUGGUUAAGAAGGAACCUGUGUUGGCUAUUGACUGCAGAGAGCCCUAUACAUUUGACACAGGCCUGCUGGAGCAGCCCUGUGAGGCUGAGGAGUACCGAAUCACAAGUGCUGCUGCCACCAGUGAGCUGGAGGAGAUCCUGGACUUCAUGCUCUGUGACUCAGACAUUGAACCACCUGGAGAGUCUCUGGAGAGUCCCAGGGCUGAGGGCUGCAGAACCCCUACCUACCAUCUGACAGAAACAGGAAAGAACUGGAUUGAAGGGGAAGAAUGGUGUUUACCAGAUAUGGAACUCUGGUCCAAGGAGCUCACAGAAUUGGAAAAGGAACCUACUGGUGAGAACAAAGAGCCAACUGAGCUCCUUAGCCCCCUUGUCAUGCCCUCUGAGGUGAGUGGAGAGGUGCUUUCAGUAGGAGGCCCUUGGACACCAGACCUUGAAAUUACUAGCUCCCAGCCACUGGAUGGUCAAGAAGACAAACUUAACCAUGUCAGCUCCCUUGACCCUCCCGAGAGGUCUUAUGGGGACCUCUCACCUCCCUGCUCAAACUGGGUGGAGACUGGACUGGAAGUCUCCCUGACUACAGAUGAGUUAUUGUACCCUUCUCCCAAGGCAGGCAAAGAGGUAUCCGGUCACUCUAAACUACUAGGCUCACUUCCUGCCAGCUCUGAAGAGGAAGAGAUUGAUGUGGUGGACUGGACAGCAGAGGGGAAGCUGGUACCCACUAGUGUUCCCUCUGUAUGGCCUGACCCUUCCUCAGAGUCAGAAACAGAGGUAGAUAUACUAACAUAGUGGAGGGGAAGGGGGAGGGGACAGGUUAGGAGCCCUGGGAGGGUGGGAAGGGUUAGCUAGCAAAACACUGACUGGCAGAGAAGCUGGCAUAUGCCUUGUCCUCUUGGCAUAAGAGGCAGAUGUACCCCUUGCUCUUUGUAGGUCCCUUCUUCCCCUCCCUAAGCCUAGUGAGCCAGGGAGAAGCCAAGGGUACAGUAGAUAGAAAACGAUGAAUUUGAACCUUAUUAUUUCUUUGUAAUCUGUUUUCCAGUUAGUGACAAC